GGUUGAGUUAGAGGAGACGGACCAAAAAGAAGGCCAUGAAUUUGAAGAAGCUCGAAACAUAAUAACAGAUGUUGCGAAGCUGUUUGAAUCUUCUGAAGUUUAAAUACAUUGUCUUGUCCAUUACACUUUGCUAGGCUUACUGCCUGAUGAGCUUUUAUUGUGCAAUGUGUGGGUACAUUCUUGUGUUUUAUAACACCAGAAGGGGUCUAGAGCUCAUAUGUUUAUCACUAAACUGAGGGAUCCAAAAUCAGAAUUGAACUUUUGAGUUUAAUGAUGUCUUGAGUUUGUUUCUUCGCGAUUGUGUGAAUCUUUUGCGCUCGGCUUGAUGGUCAAUGAAGUGACCCAUUUUCUUCUUUUCUUUCAA